AGGUCAAGGCCAGCAACACGGGCAUAUUUACAUGAAGGACACACGCAACGGUUAUCUUUUCACGUGAUUCCUAUUACCGUCCUUGAUCCUUUCCUUACAUAAAUAAGACCAUGGGUCAGCUUCGCAUGAAAUGCGGAUUCCACACAAAGCACGGGUCAUGGUUCGAGUUGCUGACAACGACAGGGAACUUUGAUGUUGUUUCGUAAAGGCGCGCUGUCCCGCUGAGCAAAGCACUCGCCGCCGGUCUGUAGAGCGGGAAGCGAACUUUUAAGGACUUGCACGGACGCCCGGCGUCUGUUUGUUAAGCUCUGAGAUGGCUCGUCAGUCUUUCAGUUAAACAGGCUGCAAACACUCACUCUCUCUUUCUCAAGCUACUUGCCACCAAGCUCCGGUCCGGUAGGAGUUUUUAAACCAAAAGCUGAAGAGCCGGCGUCUGCUCUUCAGGUGUUCAUCCCCUCCCGGUGAAGUGUUCUCUCCGCGCCGGUGUUCGGCAUGUCCGCUUACUGCUCACGAUGGACUCUGCGCUUCCUCAACCGCUUAUGUGUGAGCGGCUUGGCAAAGACCAACAACAAGCAUGUUCAGCACUUCAGCUCCCAGACUUCUCCUUCUGUGCAAGUCUGCAUUGUGGGCAGUGGACCAGCAGGGUUUUACACCGCGCAACAUUUGUUGAAAAGUCACAAAGGCAUCCAUGUGGACAUCUUUGAGAAACUUCCAGUACCAUUUGGUCUUGUACGUUUUGGUGUAGCACCCGACCACCCUGAAGUGAAGAAUGUAAUCAACACCUUCACUCAGACAGCUCACCUGGAACGCUGUGAAUUUUUUGGCAAUGUUACAAUCGGAUCAGAUAUUACAAUGGAAGAACUAAAAAUGGCUUAUCAUGCAGUGAUCUUGUGCUAUGGAGCAGAAGGUAGCAGAAGCUUGGGUGUGCCAGGGGAGAAACUUUCUGGUGUUUAUUCCGCAAAAGACUUUGUGGGAUGGUACAAUGGACUCCCAGCAAAUAAAGAUCUAAACCCUGACCUGAGUAGUGAUGCUGUUGUGAUUCUUGGACAGGGUAAUGUGGCCUUGGAUGUUGCAAGGAUUCUCCUUUCCCCUGUAGAACUUCUCAAGAAAACUGAUAUUACCCAGGCUUCUCUGGAUUCCGUAGCAGCCUGCAAGAUUAAGAGAGUUGUGAUUGUAGGCAGGCGAGGCCCUCUACAAGUAGCUUGUACAAUAAAGGAGCUUCGUGAGAUGGUAAAUUUACCAGGAACUAAGCCGGUCUUAGAUCGCAGGGAUUUUGAAGGAAUCAAAGAUGCAUUAAAAGAUAUAGCUCGUCCCAGAAAGCGCUUAACAGAGCUCCUGAUGAAAGUAGCAAUGGAGGAACCAUCUGGCAGAGACGCAGAACGCUGGGCAGCAGCGUCACGAGAGUGGAGCCUCCGAUUUCUGCGAAGCCCCAUCAAAAUCCUUCCCACAGCUGAUGGGAAGAAAGUUGCUGGAAUUCGAUUUGCGGUCACCACACUGGAGGGUUCAGGGGAGAAUGCCAAGGCUGUCCUAACUGGACAAGAGGAGGAAGUCUCAUGUGGGCUCAUUGUGAACAGCAUAGGUUACAAGAGUUUGCCCAUUGAUGAUGGCGUGCCAUUUGAUGAAACCCAAGGAGUGAUUCCUAACGACAUGGGUCGAGUAUGUCAAACGCCUGGUCUCUACUGCAGCGGUUGGGUGAAGAGAGGUCCCACUGGCGUCAUUGCCACAACUAUGAAUGACAGCUUUGAAACUGCACGUUGUGUACUGGAGGACAUUGACUCCCGAGUGCUGGACUGCAGCAUGGCCAAACCUGGGCACCAUGCUCUGCGUGGGCUACUGGAGAAGCGAGGUGUGACUCCAGUCUCUUUUUCCGGUUGGGAGAAGAUUGAUGCUUUAGAGGUGACACGCGGGGAUGAAAUUGGAAAACCAAGAGAAAAGCUACUGGAUGUGCAGGAGAUGCUGCAGCUGGCCAGGGCUUGAGGCAACAACUCAACUGAAAACAAGAAAAUGUUAGAAAACCCCAAUGCUGGCUGUUCUGUUUUUAUCAAUGCAGUAGUAGACAUAAUAGAUUUGAAUACUACAAGCCAAAAAAGAAAAACAGAGUGCUGGCCACUUGCAGAGCUGUCCUUUGGGGACAGGAACAGGAACUUGACAGGUUUCCCCAGGCACAGGUAUGAAUGGAAAUUGUUUUGUACUUCUGAAUAUUGUGGCCCAUCGCUGAAGCUGAAGACCAAAAUGUACGUGUCAGGCUCUGUAUGUCACAGUUUCAUUUUCUGUUUGACUCGUCACCUUUUUUAGUUCAUAACUGCAUGACUUAUGAUGCUAAAAUUCAACACAACUGCACACUGUACAUAUUAUGCAUUCUUUUGCAUAUAAAAUGGACAUUUAGUUCAAAUGAAUAAUUAGUAUGACAAUCUAAAUACUUUAUACAUAUUUUAUCCAGAGAAGCUGUAGCCUACCAACAGUAGUUAUGUAUGACAUGCAGCAAGUUUAAGGGUGACCAACUUUGGCCAUCUGUCAUUUUGAAUUUAGUUUUUUUUUACUUUUCCACUUUCUUACCCAGGCAACACCACGUGAUUCAGCUUGUGUACGUGUCCGGGGUCCUCAGUCACGGUCCUGGAGGGCCACAGUGGCUGCAGGUUUUUGGUCCAACCCAAUUGCUUAAUCCAGGCAUGUCAAACACGUGGCACCCGGGCCGCAUGACAGAUCCUAGUUAGCACUGAACUUGUACAAAAUGAUUACUAUCCUUUGUGAUUGAAUCAUUCUGCAUCUUCGGUGUUACUUAUUCACUUUUCUUACUUCUGCCUUCUGACAAAAGCGCGUUUUCCCAUGGCAUUAUGGUACCGGAAACGUCAUCUGCUAGUAUAGCCACGAGCCUUGACCAAAGUUAAUGAGCCGCAGCGUCACAACUGAAGUGCUUGGCUGCAGCAGGGGUGGCCUUAGGUAUGUGCAAACUGUGCACCUGCACAGUGCCGCCAAAUAUCAGGGGCCGCCACACCAAUAUAUAUUGAAUAUUAAACAGAAAGAGAAAAUAACGACACAGCUGAUGGCAAUGUGGCCGAAAAACAUUGUGUUUCUUGUUAAUUAGUACGCUGUAUUUACAAAUGUCGCUAGAGUCGGAGCAGUAAGCCAUAUGUAGUAUUAUAACGUUCUGCCGUAAUGAGAAUAUCAUGGGCCGCCACUUGGUUUUCAAGUUACGGACACGCGUAUAUAGAAGUGUGUCAUGAGCAUGAAGCAGCUAUGCAGUGUCCGCAACGGAUGUGGCCAUCCGCCGUGCAUAAGAUACCAUAUUGACAUUGCCAGGCAAAGGGGCCACCGAUUCUUUCUCUGCCCAGGGCUGCCACGAGCCUAGAGCCGCCCCUGCUAAGGCUACACUAGUGACUGGGCUGCUGAGACUGACCACUGGGCAGAACUGACCAUCACGAGUAGUAAUAGCCCGCAUAUUUUCACGUUUUUUUGCUCUAGUUUCAUGUAAUUUUUGUGCUAGUAUUGUAACGAACAGUUAGUGCAGACUACAACUGAAGAUCUGAAGUGGACGCGAGAAGUUGGUGAGUUGUUAACAUAUUUUUGAGUUUGUAAAAUUAUUGUAGGUCAGGGGGCUUUUUGCAUAUCGGCUUAUUUUACAAUGUACACUUUGAAGUAAACUUAGUAAAGUAAAAUUAGAAUUUUGGAGGAUUUGUUUUCCAACUUGAAUUACUGAGCAAUGAAUUCAGUGAGCAUUUUCGUGAUUUCAGUUCGCACAAACAGGGCAUUGCGCUGUCCUCUUAUAACGUUGAGAAUGCGCCUGAGAAUAUCCAAAUGGAGUUGAUUGAAGUGCAGUCAGAUUCUAUUCUGAAGGCAAAAUACAACGAAGUUGGUGUGCCAGGCGUGUAUGCUUACCUGCCACCCUCGUAUGUGCAGAUCCGUAAGUUGCCAUCGAGAGUAGGCUACUGUCAAUGUUCGGAAGCACUUUGUGAGCAAUUGUUUUCGUUAAUGAAAGCUACCAAAACCCCACAUCGCUCAAGACUUACCGUCGAGCACCUUUCAUCCCUCAUAAAAGUUGCAGCUGCACAAGAUUUCAAGCCUGAUAUUGACAAACUGGUUACUAACAAGAGAUGCCAAGUGUCGGGACAAAAGAAAUAAAUCUCACACUGUAAGGCUCCUAUAUAAGCAAUGAAUAUAAUAUGAAUAUAAUAAGGACCUAGCUAAGAGGCUAAGACUCUAAUUCUACACUGUUGUAUGGAGACUGUAUGGAAAUAAAUUGCUUUUCUUUAAACUUUAAGUGUUACAUUUUUUAAAGUUUUCAGUAUUGGAAAGAAAGCUACAGUAACUUUGUAUAAUAGUAUUUGUUACAGUGCGGCCCGUUGACGCACUUAUGGCAGUCGAAGCGGCCCACCAAUGGUAGUGAGUUUGACAUGCCUGUCUUAAUCAGAAGCACUUAUUAUUCAACUAACACUUCUGCUUCACUUUAGUUGUCUUGUUCGUUAAGAUUUUGAACCCUUAUUGCUUAUUUUAGUCUUAAACGGCUGUAUUUUUGGUUUUUAAUUGCUCCUAAUUAGAUGCCAAUGACAAAAGAGAGCAGCAUUUCUCCAUUUAGCUUGUUACCAUUUACACCUGUGGGUUUUUAUGAUGCGCAACAUUGGGUUUAAUUAAAUACUUGGAGGGAAAGUGAAGAGAAAUCAGUGCAGGACUGAGAAUUACUCGUCUGUUUUAGACUUCAGAUCAUUCGGAUGAUAUCCUUAGAAAGGGGAAGAAAAUCUGGGAUAUGAGAAUGAGCUGACAUGGCAGAGUUAAAGCAACUAGCAAGCCAUGAAAUUAAAUUAUUGGCAAGAAUUGCUUUCUAAUUAAGCAACUGGGUUAAAACAAAAACCUGCAGCCACUGUGGCCCUUCAGGACUGGGAUUGAGGACCCCGGUGUAUAUUCUAUAUACCUACAGUGUAGACUCACUGAAGAAAUUAUUCAGAGCCAUUGUACUAAUACUGAUUACUGUACUGUACUAAUACUACCCUUUUGCUCUCAAGAUUCCACAAGAUGUUGGAAGUCUUCCUUUGUGUGAUGCAUUCAUGUCAACAUGGACCAGCAUCUCAAUUUCUGCAGAAAGCUAUCAUCUGCACAUUCAUGCUAGAAAUCUCCUGUUGUAUUAAGGUCUGGUGACGGGGCAGGCCAUUGAAGAACACUGAACUCCUUGUCAUGUUCAUGAAACCAGUAGCCAUUAGAUGAUGGGUGAGUUGUGGCCAUGAAGGGAAGCACAUGGUAAGCAACAAUACUCACAUGGGCCUGUGGCAUUCAAGUGAUAAUUGAUUAGUAUUAAUGGGCCCAAAGUGUGCCAAGAAAACAUUCCCCACACCACCACCACCACUACUAGACAGGACUGUUGACUCAAGGCAGGUUGAGUGCAUGGAUUCAGACUGUUCAGUUUUGAUGAGCCUGUGCCCACUCAAUGUUUGGAUUUUGGCUGACCGGAGUAGAACCUGACGUGGUCUUCUACUGUUGUUGUGCCCCUGCCCCAAGGUUCCAUGUCUUAUGCAUUCUGAGAUGCUCUUCUGCUCCCCUUAGUUGUACAAACUGGUUAUCUUGAGUUAUUGUCGCCUUUUUGUCAGAUUGAACCAGUCUGGUCACAUUGUUCUCCUGACUGCUUCCAUCAGCAAGACAUUUCUGUCCACAAGAAUGGGAUGUUUUUUGUUUUUCACACCAUUUUGAGUAAAGUCGAGCGACUGUUGUGUGUGAAAAUCCUAGGAGAUCAGCAGCUAUAGCAAUACACAAACCAGCCCAGCUGGCAUCAACAGUCCUGCCACAGUCCAAACCAUUGAGAUCCCAGGUUUCCCCCAUUCUGGUGUUUGAUGUAAACAUUAACUGAAGCGUUUGACCUUAGUCUGCAGGAUUUAAUGGAUUGUACUGUUGCCACUUGAUUGGCUGAGCAGAUCAUAGCAUGGAUAGCAGGUGUUUCUAAUUUUCCCAUUGCUUGUAUUUAAUUUGCAUAUUACAUUUUCUUCAGUGAAUUGUCACCCCGCCCGUAGAUGUGCACAUUGGGCUGACUGAUAACUCUGAUUUGGUUUGGGGUACAUUUAUGUGUAAGAGUGGACUGGUGCCUUGUCCAGGGCUGUUUCCAGCCCACCCAUAAGUCAGACUGUGCAGUUUUCAGAAUGUGAUAUUCUGUCCCGUUCUUUUCUCAAAUAAGCUUCAGUGCUAAGACGGGCAGUGUGACCGGGUGCCUGAAGUGGUGGGUUGUAAACCCCAAGGUUGCCGGCUCUGACCUCAUCACUGGCUUGCCGUGUGACCCUGAGCGUGUCCCUUGUCCUGUUAUAUGGAAACCUAUGACGUGGAUAUUUAUUAACUGGCCCCUCUGAAAGCGUGCGCUAGCAGGUUAAGCGAUCCUGAACAAGUGCCUCCAUUUUAAGUAACUGGUGAGGUGCAGACCGGGGACAGGUAUUGGACUGUAAGUCACUAAGGUGCUGUUAGUUUAGUUUUGCACCACCGACUCUCUCUGUUUGGCCUCAUCUCCUAGAAAUAUGGGCACAUCUGUGCUGUGCCGUAACAGACCUUGAGAUGGCAUGUGUGACAUGAAGGAACUGGUGUGGCCAAGUGGGUAACACGUCACGACAGUAAACGAAGGAGGCCAGUUCAGGUCCAUCACCGUCAGACCCUGUGACCCCAAGCAAGACAUUUCACCUCAUGGUCUGUCCAUUUGGUUUAUUUUAAUUAUAAUUUACAGUAGAAUGAAAACAUUUGUUGUUGGUCCUGCUUGUGCAGAACUGCGGUUUACUUUGAUUUGCAUGUCAUCAACUAAAUGAUUUAAUCUAAUGAAUCAGUGAAAGUUGUA